AGGCCAGCAGCUGUGAGACUCUUGUUUAGUCAUCGCAUUAAUGACAAGGCAGUUAACAUAUCAGCCUGCGAAAACCCAUCUGUAGUCACUAAAGAGUUACAGUUCAUAUGCCUGACAAGGAAAUUUUAGAUGUUUGCAGGCAGCCAAUAAAAGAAGAGAUCAACAACGCAGCUGACUCAUGGGCAGGAAAGCUUGAGCUAUGUUUGAAUGCAGUUCAAAGCCAACUCGAACUUGGUAUCUGCAGCAGUUUCACUCUAUUGUUCCAUAAUUUUUAUGCCCGUAUUUCCAGAGCCAGCCAUCAAGAAAUGGCCAAUUCAUUACCUGUAGUAGCCCAGGAAGAUUUGGAUAGCUUUACCUUGACCAGGACAGGCUCAGGCUUCGCACUCAAAGCCUUUCAUAUUUCUUGGAACACUCACGUCUCGGUGAAGCUGCUGACCAGCCAGGACACUGCGGAGAGGGAAUGGAAGUCGCUACUUCAAGAUAUAGCAAAUGUCAGACACUAUGAGUCUGAACGUCUCCUGCCUUCUCUUGGGAUUUACCAGUACCAUGGACUUGUGGGGAUAGUGACUGAAUGGAUGAACAAUGGAUCCCUCCACACUCUCAUCCAUGAGCAUCAACUGUACCCAGAACUUCCAUUUCCCUUACUCAUACGGAUCCUGUUGGAUGUAGCUGAAGGGCUGCAUUACCUUCACAGCCUUGGGCCUGCCUUCUGCCACUGCAGCCUGAAACCCUCCAAUGUCCUUUUGGACAUGCAGUACAGAGCCAAGAUAGUGGAUUAUGGUCUAACCAACUGGCGGAAACAGCAACUGAGGUCAGACCUGCAGAACUGCAAUUGGAGAAACUGCCAGGAUUUAGUGUACCUCCCUCCUGAAACACUUGAAGGAGGCCUGCCUUCCCAGGAAGGUGAUAUUUACAGUUUUGGAAUAUUGUGUUGGGAGAGCCUAAGCAGACGGAAGCCUUUUGAAGGUCAAACAACCCUGCUGGAAGUUUUGAUGGGAAUCCACAGCAGUUUGAGGCCUGGCGUUUCAGAAAAGUUUAUACCAAGCAAUUUGCCUGAGAGGAAUAGACUGUUGCACCUUAUUGCUCUGUGCUGGCAUCAAGAACCAGAUUAUAGACCAUGUGCUGCAGAAUGCAUAGACCUUCUAAAUGGAAUUUUGACUAGUAUAAAUAAGGAGGCAAUUUCCACUGCAAUCUACAAUCUGAUGGAUGCAAAGGAGAGAGCACUUAAUGCAUGCAAAGGUUCAGAAAUAUACACAUUGCAGACAGACAUAGGCAAUUCAGAGGUCAUCUCUUCACCAAAACUCAACCAUGUAAUCAGCAAGAAAAUUCCUCUUGUAGUGCCAAGCCUGUCAACUAUUCUACUUGAUAGCAGUGCAAAUAAUGUAGGAAGAGAAAAUAUUCUCAAGACAGGCCUGUCAAAUACUAUCCCACAGAACACAACAACAAAGAAAGAUCACCCAGACUCUGACAGUAGAAAAUCAAAUUCCUUUUGCACGAUUCCUUUAUCUGGUUCAACUACAGCCAAAAAAAGUAGUCUGCAUAAGGACCCACCACUGGCUGUUAAGCACAGACCACAACGUAUGCAUCCUGAACAAGCAGUGACAGAUCCUUGCUGCAAAGGAAACUGUUGUCAAAUACUAGCCUGCCAGAGACAGACCAUACUGAACUGCAUGACAGAAGGACGUCUCAACCACAUUCUCGAUGUCCUUCGCUCACAACAAAUGUUGUCCCGAAUGGAUUAUGAGAUAAUUACCUCUUACCCCACAGUGACUGGCCGCACUCGGGCAUUGUUGGACACUUGCCUUUGCCUUGGAGAGAACGCAGCACAGGUGGUAGUGACUGCACUUUCAGUGACCAAAUGUAGUCCUCUGGGACGAGGCAGCCAUUGCCCAAACUGUCCUUCUAAGGUAAAUAGGCUGUUGUGACUUUUCUGCAGUUUGUUACAUGGAUCACAGCACUGGUAAUUUGGAAUGGCAAUGAUUCACGUUAAUUCUUCACAACCCAUUGACUGAAGUCAGCCCAUGAUUUUAGUCCUCUAGUGGAAAAAGCUAGCUGGAUUAAAAGGUCAAGUCAACCACUGCCUGCAGAAAUUACCAAGACUGGUAUAAGAAAUUCUAAUUUGGAUGUCAGAGAUGGGAGGAGUGCAACGUGUGCCACAGCAAAUACAGUUCAAGUCGGAUGAAACCUUAUUUCCCUGAUUUUUUUUCAUAAGGGAGGAAAAUGGAUCAUGACUCUGGAGAUCACACUAUGGAAGAACAGCUGUUACUAAAUCCUUCCAAAUAAGACAGCAAACAGGGUACUGGAUGAGGAGAAAAAAAAAUUACUGCCUUUCAAUAAGCUCAUAUGAGCCAGCUGUUAGAAUGAAAGGCUUAAGAGACUCAAGAAAUAUUUCAACAGAGCCUUAAGUAAGACUUGGAAAUCUUAUACUAUGCAUAAAAUCUUAUUUUCACUCACAAAUGGCCAUAUGCUCUGAAAAUGGGGCACUGAUAGCAGCACUUUGGAGAGGUGGGACUUAAGGUAUUUACUAAAUGGAAAAAACAUUAAAACCAUGCUGUUCUGUCUGCAGUUCAAAUGUAAAAUUAAACCAGGAAGGAGAGGUGCCAGGCUGAUCAUUUGAAAUGGUGGUUUUGCUGAAUUGCAAGGGAAAGUAGUAAUAUUAUGUUAAUUAUAAUAAAAAUAAGGCUAUAUAAGAUGCUGGUUUUGAAGGCACAGUGGGAUUCCUUCAAGCUUCAUGGCACUGGAUUAACAUGAGAACUUAUACAAACUACAACUGUUUCAAAUGCAAAACCAUGUUAUUCUGUUUCUUGUGUUGCAUUUGUUCUCUCUGCAGUUUCAAACUGCUUAUUGAAUUCAGUAGUUUGACAAGUUGCAAUUUUAAAUACAGUGAUGAUGUGUUUUCUAGGCACAUCUAAGAUAUAAGAAAUUUUUAAAUUACAUACUAAAUGCUGCUGGAAACAAACAUUUUUUAUGUAAAUUUGUUCAGCUUUGAGUGC